AUGAAGUUCACCCUAGGCCUGGGGUCGCGGGCGUGGAGAGUGUCCUGGGAGCGGGCGGCGGCGGCGGCGGCGGGCGGCGGCGCGCUCGGCAGCGGCUCACGGCGCUCUUCCAGCCCGCGGCCCGGCCGCCGCGGCUCUCGGCUCGCGCGCGCCCUCCCUCUAUGCCUCUCCCGCGGCGGCGGCGCCCCAGCUCUCCCGGACCGCGCCGGGCCCAGCCCCGGCCGCCUCGGCGCCAGGCAGCCGGCCGGCCCGCGCGCCAUGGAGCAGACGUACGGCGAGGUGAACCAGCUGGGCGGCGUGUUCGUCAACGGCCGCCCCCUGCCCAACGCCAUCCGCCUGCGCAUCGUGGAGCUGGCGCAGCUGGGCAUCCGACCCUGUGACAUCAGCCGGCAGCUUCGCGUAUCCCACGGCUGCGUGAGCAAGAUCCUGGCGCGCUACAACGAGACGGGCUCCAUCCUGCCCGGGGCCAUUGGGGGCAGCAAACCCCGCGUCACUACCCCCAACGUGGUCAAGCACAUCCGGGACUACAAGCAGGGCGACCCCGGCAUCUUUGCCUGGGAGAUACGCGACCGGCUGCUGGCCGACGGCGUCUGCGACAAGUACAACGUGCCCUCUGUGAGUUCCAUCAGCCGCAUCCUGCGCAAUAAGAUUGGCAGCCUGGCGCAGCCCGGCCCGUACGAGGCGAGCAAGCAGCCGCCGCCGCAGCCGGCGCUGCCCUAUAACCACAUCUACCAGUAUCCCUACCCCAGCCCCGUGUCGCCCACGGGCGCCAAGAUGGGCAGCCACCACGGGGUCCCGGGCACAGCGGGCCACGUCAGCAUCCCCCGUUCAUGGCCCUCGGCUCACUCGGUCAGCAAUAUCCUGGGCAUCCGGACGUUUAUGGAGCAAACAGGGGCCCUGGGGGGGAGCGAAGGCGCCGCCUACUCCCCGAAGAUGGAAGACUGGGCCGGCGUGAACCGCACGGCCUUCCCCGCUAGCCCAGCUGUGAACGGGCUCGAGAAACCUGCCUUGGAGGCAGACAUUAAAUACACGCAGUCGGCCUCCGGCCUCCCCGCGGUGGGCGGCUUCCUCCCGGCCUGCGCCUACCCGGCCUCCAACCAGCACGGUGUGUACAGCUCGCCGGCCGGCGGCUACCUCGCCCCGGGCCCGCCGUGGCCGCCGGCGCAGGGGCCCCCGCUGGCGCCCCCCGGGGCCGGCGUCACCGUACACGGCGGCGGGGAGCUUGCCGCAGCCGUGACCUUCAAGCAUCCCAGCCGAGAAGUGGCCGACCGGAAGCCGCCCAGCCCCGGCGGCAAGGCCCCCGACGGCCUCGGGGGCUUACACGGACUGCCCGUCCCGGCCUCGACCUCCUAG